AGCAGCGGGUAACAAGCGCUGCGCUGCAGUCUGUGUCCAAAAAGCCGAUUUACACUUUUAUAUGCCAGUUAUGAGUGCAACCAACAAACAGCGACAGCAUUUCCGCAAUGCCGAAUCCAACGAUUGAACAAUAAGCGUGCGCUAACAUCAACAUUAAAAGACUUUGCUAAAUUGUGCUACAUAAAUAAAUAAAAAAUAGAACACACUAAGAAAAAACAAGUUGAGCCUGGCAUCAAGUUUGUGUGAAAAAAGCUUUGCAUUGCAAACGGACAAAAACAAAAGCCGCAUUCAGUUUUAAAGUGAAAGUGGAGAAUAAAAAUUGCAUGGCAUCUUUUAGGCGCAGCGCAUAAAAGUUUCGAUUGAUGACGGUCGCUGGCAUUGUUGUUGUUAUUGUUAUUCCCGUAGUUGUUGUUGUUGUUGAUUUCUUGAACCUCUUGUGAAGCGCCCAAACAGCAGCUGUUUAAAUGUAUUUUAGUGCUUGCACACAACAACGGCCAGCCCCCUUGAGGGCCGGCAACUCAUGGAGUAUUCAAACUCAAAGCGUUUGAAUCAUAACGAGCAGCAGCAGCAGCAGCCACAAAACGAACACGACCAGCAAACCAGAAUUUCACUUGCAAGCGGCUACUUUCGCAGCAGCGAUACGCCAACAACAACAACAGCAGCAGUUGAUGCAGUAGCAACCACACCAACAACUGGCAGUCAGCGUUGCCUCAAUACGCCACCCACAACACCCAGCAGCCCAUUGCGAGAGCCGCCACAAAGUCCUUCGGACGGACAGACUUCAUCGCUGAGCUCGCAUUCCGUGUCCAGUGACAUCUUGUUGGGUGAGUAA